AUGGGCGACCACGGCCCGGACAUGAACACGCUGGAGACUGAUUAUGUUGUGCUCAUUUCAGUUGUGCCGGCCGUGUUGGGGCUGACGGCGGCCGCCAUAUUGGCCGUGACGGCAUGCUUCUGUGCCCGUCGCUUCCGCCGGCAGAACAAGAAGGCGGGCCAUGAAGCAUCCUCGCUACCGUUCCAGCCACCGCGGCCACCGAAAGCGGUCCGCUCGCCGAGCGGCCAACCACCGCAGUAUCUGAAGAAAUCGCCGUCACCGACAAGCAUUAAGCCACUGCCGGGCCAUCUGCCGGCACAGUCACCGACCGAGCAGGCGACGGUGGCGGCAACAACGACCACCACCACCACGAGCAUUGUACCGCCGACCAAGUACACCGAGGAGAACGAACUGAUUCCGAAGAAUGCGCAGCUGGAACCAAAGUCCCCGGACGUGUCGGAACUGGGCGAUCCGAUGAGCGAGAAUGGCGACGGCAUCGAGCACGGUAAGCUCGGUACCAUUGUGUUCAAGCUGCGCUUUCUGGCCGACCGAAGUGCGCUGGUGGUGUCGGUGGUCCGGUGCCGUGGACUACCGGGCAAGAACCAUGGAACGGCGGUCGCCGAACUCAGCACGAUGGCGGGCGGUACGCUGUGCAAUGGAAGCGCCAACGGAAAGCAAACGGCUACCGAUCCGUACGUGAAAUUGCAGCUGUUGCCGGACAAGCAGCACAAGGUGAAAACUAGAGUUUUACGCAACACCCGUAACCCGGUGUACGACGAGGACUUUACCUUCUACGGAUUAACGCUGAACGAGCUGACUGGAAUGUCGUUGCAUUUCGUGGUGCUAAGCUUCGAUCGGUACAGCCGGGACGACGUGAUCGGGGAGGUGGUGUGCCCGCUCAGUGGCAUAGAUCUGCAGCAGAUCGAGAACCAGCAGGUCGCGCUGAGUCGCGAGAUCCAACCGCGCAGCCUGAAGAUACGGGCCCAGGGGCGUGGUGAGCUGCUGAUCUCGCUCUGCUGGCAACCGGCCGCCGCACGAUUGACCGUGGUUUUGCUGAAGGCACGCAAUCUACCCCGCAUGGACGUGACCGGGUUGGCGGAUCCGUACGUGAAGAUCUACCUGCUGUACAAUGGGCAACGCAUCGCCAAGAAGAAGACGCACGUUAAGAAGCGCACCCUGAGCCCGGUCUUUAACGAAAGCUUCGCGUUUGACAUACCGACCACCGAAGGUGCCGGUGCCGCGCUGGACGGUGUAUCGCUCGAGCUGAUGCUGCUGGACUGGGACCGGGUGACGAAGAAUGAGGUGAUUGGCCGUCUGGAGCUGGGUGGACCACGCAGCAAUGGAUCGGCUCUGAACCACUGGAAGGAAGUGUGCAACUCGCCACGUCGUCAAAUAGCAGACUGGCACAAGCUGCGCGAAUAAGAAGGUUCACCCAGUGGUCGUGGUCUUGUUUCGCUUAUGUUCUUCAUUCGAUGAAGCAUGUUUCACCUUUAAUAGGUUAACCACCAAAUGACUAUAUGUCCCUUAUGAACUGAACAAGAGCAAGAUAGACAAUUGUAGUAGCAUAUAUACACACCCAGGAUGAAUCCACCAUCAAGCGAAUCAAAACUCAUACAAGGCAUCUAUUGAAGAGCACGUCAAAUUAACAAAUUUCAGUCCCGAGCACAUCACAUCUUGGGACUGCCAUCGGUUUUGAUCACCUACAUGGAAUUCUCUGACAUUUUGCCCAUCUUAACACACAUUACCAUUAGCAACGCAGAAUCUGUGCAGUAUUUAGUAGCUCCUAGCUUUUGAUGGUCUAACGUGUAGAAUUUACUAUUUUGCGUUACAUACAUCACUCAACACCAUCGAACAUCUAACAGUUCCAAUGAUUCACGCCACUUUAUACCACCUGCUUCUCACACGAUACCUCCAGCGCCAUUUAAACAAAAGCAACAUCACCCUUCCCAUCAUUAGUUCUCACUAGUAGAAAGGAGCUUAAGAAUAAAAUUGACAAAAAGAGUUCUAUAUACAUAUAUUAUAUACAAACACUAAACAGAUCCUUAAAGAUGCACAUCACAUAGAGAAGGAUAUCUAUUCUGAUUGCUACGUACAGUUGCGGUGAAUCUAUUUGGAGGACUUUUGGAAAACUCGAACUGCAUUUCACACGCUUUUCCAACGAUUUCCCAACACCAGUUGGGGCUAGAAAUUAAAUGAGAGCAAAUGAGCUAAUCAAGAAGAAUAGAGCACCUGAAGCACUCCACACACGCGAUACUACUCCAGCGCUGAUGCUACUCCCUUCCUAGCCUAAAUGAUGUGUGCUUCUGUAGGCUUGUAUGAAGAAAAAAAAACAGCUGGAAGUAUACAAUUCGCAAAAGAUUGUCAGAAGUGAGACACUAAGAUCAUGCCGUAGCCAAGGGAUAGUGCUCUGGUGGGUCGCUCCAGGCGGGAAAUGAACGGGAACGCUAACAAUUUGGUACACCAUAUUUACUCUACCAGUAGUAGAUGCAAAAGAUGCAAACUGAAUGCAAAUAUUUAAAAGCAAGCCCUUAUAAACUGCAACUAGGCGGUGGCUAUGGUCAAUAUGUAGGAGUAGUACUGCUGUCCCUUUGAAUGCCUAGAUACGGAUGCGAACGAUUGGUUCUUUAUGAAAGAACCCAAGGAGGACACCAUUAGCGUAGGGGAUUCUUUGGAAGAAUAGUAUGUAUGUACGUGCAAGAAUAAUGCAUGGCCAGAAAGGGUGUAAAACCGACAAAGGAUGGUCUAAUUUACUGUAGAUGUUAGUAGUGACAGGGUACGGAAAUGGUUUAGUAGAUCCUCCUUACAGGCGGAUCGAUGCGAUUGAUUGCUAGUGUGGUUGUGUUCGUUAUACUUUCGCUUUGUUUUUAAAGUUGAUAGUACCUUCCCGGUAGUUGCCGGCAACAAAACAGUAAGUGUGCUUUUAUAGCUUCGAUUUCUAUCUCAAAAGCGGUAACCUCACGGUACCGUUGUACAUAUAGUUCUGCGAUCGCAUAAGCGAAAUGGUCCCAGCAAACGAAAAGGUUCUUUUUAAGGAUAGUAUUAUGCGUUCUAUUUUAAAACUGUUCCCUCAUACAGAUACAACUCUUGGUAAGCGCAAAUCAAACAACGUAGAAUAAUGCUGUGAAUACGUAGUGUGUUACCAAUUACUUUGGAGUGUAGCAUUUCUAACUGAUGGGGGCAGAGGUUGUUUUGGUUGCAGGAUCAAGUUUGAAGUAUGGCACACGCUGUUGCAGUAAAGUUUAAGUAUUUCAUAACCACGGUUCUGUUCAUACCGAAAGGAAGGAAACAACGGGAUAAGCUACAUUUGAUAACGCAUGUGGAGAAAGUGUAGAGCUGGUAAAGCGAAGGAGUUACUCAUUUGGAAUCUCAAUUCGAGCAAGUCAAUCACUCCUGCACAAGUGUGCUGAUUCUUACGAUCGAAGCUUUUUUAACCUGAUGCAUUAUACCUUAUUGUUUGUUUCGUUGGUUCGUUUUUAAUAACUUAAGAUUGGGGAUUAUUUUAAUCGAAAGAAAAUAAAUUGUUGAAACUAAAUUUAAUCUUUAAAAGAACUACCGUACAGUCGUCAAAAUGGCAACGUAGUGUUAAGGAGCGUAACUGCAAGACAGACAGACGAUGGGUCAUCAAUAGUUCUGCUGUGUGAAUGUAUAUAUACACAUAAUAAAGCUAUGCUCUAUUUUAUGUUACGAAAUCAGUACAAUAUAAAGUGGUAUAA